AUUGAAGCAUAUCAGUACUGACAUUCAAGCAGACCAACAAAUUGGCCAGUUGUAUGAGCUAAUGACUGCUAUUCGCAAACAAGAGCUUGAUGACAAUGAGGCGGAGAAAGAAUCUGGCAACGAAAAAUGAAAUGUUUAGGCCUCUGUCUUCACAGCCUGGAUGGGAACACGCUUCCACGGCUACGCUCCAAGAAAACCUUCAAUGCUGGGUGUGACAUGAACAGCAUUCCGCCAGCUCCAUACGUGAAGCACCGCUGAAGCUCAACAUGGGGAACUACCAGCAAUCGUAUAUAACAUUCAAAAUCCGCAUCUUCAAGCCAACACCUGCAACUCCAUUCUCUUCGAUCCAGCCUCCGUCACUCUCUUCCACCAGGACGUACAAGCCGUGUCCAGUAAGAUUGUCUCCUUGCUCGAUUUCAACACUCGUACCUACCGAUUCGCACUUCAUAACACCCAACGUCGAUCUACCAGAUGUGUCUUUGCACGCAGUACGAUUCGUCGACCUGCGGGCACUCAUGGACUUCGAUGACUGAGUCGUGCGGGUACAGCCAGGACCUCCUCAGCUGCCCCUAUCGACAGACUGUCAACUAUAUUGUUGCGCCACCGUACACUUGCCCUACCUGUAAUGGUGGUUUUGCCGAUGGAGAGACGCUUCAGAUGAUUCAGGGACCCUGGGGUUGCAACCAACUUGUUCGCAAUCACUACGGCGGAGACUUCGCAGUCGGCAAUGCCUGGGCAGGUUCACUCCAAGUUCCGCAGCUCUGUUCCAGCUCAAUGCGCGGUGGGGGCUUUUAUGGAGGCGACACCAGGUUCGCAGGUCCAUACAGUUGCGGUGCGCUCACAUAUAGACCAGCAAUCACCUCCUGCACAUCUUCGGAAAUCAUGAAGAAUCAGCGGAUGAUACGUAACGAACCCUACGUCGGUGCUUGCUGUGAUGAUCGUUGCUACGACAGUCAUGACGGUCGGCGGAGUCGGUACUACGAUGGCUAUGGAUACGGAGACAGGGAGCGCCAGCGAAGGUACGACUACCAGUACAAAUACCGCAGGUCGUCUCGUGAUGGGCAGGGGUGCUUUGUCAUGUGAGGAUGGCUUCGGGCAACGCGGCAACUGCGGGUGUUAUGGUGUUAUCAGGACAGUUGAUGUAACUUGGGAUACUGGACAUAUCGACUGCGGGCUGAAGGUCCAGAGGGUUACUGUUUGGGGGUCCUUUUCGGAAGUGGUCUUCGUCUGGGACAUCGAGUCAGCUUAUGGCUUUCCUGUGUCGCUCUGAGGCGUUCGAUUUGGCGAUGCAUUCGGUAUAAUGCAUACACAUGACUGACCAUAUAGAGGCGUGCACUAAUAUAUGAAUCAUCUGCGUGACUCUGGCUGUAAUAGUACUAAUUCC